AUGGAUUCGGAAUUCUCGGUCGAGAAGGCCAGGGAGCAAUUCCCGUCUUUGCAGAAGGACCAGAUCUUUGGCGAUAACGCUGGUGGCAGUCAAGUGCUAGGCAGUGUUGCCCACAGUAUCUCAGAGUAUCUCAUAACCAACAAUGUCCAGCUUGGAGCAACUUACAGCACAUCGCGCACAUCAACCGCCAAGUUUGAUGAGGCCUAUCGGAUCGCAUCUCAGUACAUCAAUGCUGGCAUUGACGAAAUUGUGAUUGGAGCAUCCACCACUCAGGUCUUGCGGAAUCUCGCCGCUUCCAUUAAGCUCGAAGCUGGCGAUGAGCUUAUUCUCUCUGAGAUGGACCAUGAGUCGAACAUUGAUCCAUGGCUGCACUACGCCCAAAUCGCUGGUGCGAACAUCAAGUGGUGGUCGCCAGCUGAUCGAUCGAACCCGAAGCUUGAUGCCAAGACCCUCCAAAGUCUAUUGACUACCAAGACACGCCUUGUGGCCUGUACACAUGCUAGCAAUAUUCUUGGUAGCAUUCAUGACAUCAAAGCCAUUGCCGAUACGGUGCACGAGAUUCCCGAUGCCCUUCUUUGCGUGGACGGCGUUGCCUACGCUCCACACCGGGCGAUUGACGUAAAAGAACUUGGCGCAGACUUUUAUGCCUUUUCUUGGUACAAGGUCUAUGGACCUCAUAUCUCCCUUUUAUACGGUUCACGCAAGGCCCAGGAACAAUUAAAACCGCUAGGACAUUAUUUCAAUCCAUCUGCAAGUUUGAUGGAUAAACUGGAGCUCGCCGGUGCCAGCUAUGAGCUGACACAAUCUAUCAUACCCCUUGUCGCUUAUUUUGGGAAGAACCCCAAGAAGACAUGGGAUGAGAUCACCCAGCACGAAGAAAAGCUUCAGAAGCGCCUUAUUGAGUACCUCGACUCAAGACCAGACAUUUCCAUCCGUGGAGAAACUUCAUCCGAGCCCGCAAUUCGACUACCGACUUCGAAUAUUGGAAUUCGCUGGGGUCACUUCUUCUCCAAGAGACUGGCUGAAAGGACUCUUGGUCUCGACGAUGAUGGUGUAGUGCGGGUCAGCCUAGUGCACUACAACACCGAUCCCCAAAAUAAGUAUGCUGGGUUUCUGCAGUUUGAAAACCCAAACCGGAAAUGGCCCAACAGAGUCUUGAAAAGACCGCCUACAUGGCUGUCUACAGAUCUUCGAGACGGUAACCAAUCUCUCAUCAACCCAUUGACUGUGGAUCAGAAGUGGGAAUACUUUCAGAUGCUCGUCUCAAUUGGCUAUAAGGAGAUCGAAGUCAGCUUUCCUGCGGCUUCCCAAGUUGAAUUUGACUUCACGCGCCGUCUCAUCGAGACUCCUGGGGCCGUACCAGAUGACGUUCGGAUCAGAGGACUCUCUCCGACGCGUGAAGACUUCUUGGCCCGCACGGUAGAAGCCUUAUGGGGAGCCAAGCGAGCCGCGAUCUGCACAUACAUAUGCACCAGCGACAAACAACUAAAAUACCAAGGUUUCACUCGCGAGAAGGCUGUAGAACAGGCCGUGAGAUCAGUUCGGUUCCUGCGGUCUCUCACGAAAGAUGAUCCGGAGUCUGCCUCCGUCACCCACUGGACUCUCGCCUUUGGUCUUGAAGCUUACAACGAAGCUGACCCCGAAUUUGCGUUGUUGAUCACAGAGGCUGUUAAAGAGGCCUGGGGGGCGACUGAAGAGGAUCCGUUGAUUGCCGUCCUAGCCACCAGCACAGAGGUAGCCACGCCAAAUGUGUUUGCAGACCAGGUCGAACUUUUUCAGGCUUCCUUAUCUGAGCCUAAAAAGAUCAGAAUAUCGCUGCAUCCCCAUAACGAUCGUGGAUGCGGAAUUGCCACGGCGGAAAUGGGCAUGCUAGCCGGCGCUGGUAUGGUUGAGGGCUGCCUUUUUGGCAAUGGUGAACGCUGUGGAAACGUGGAUCUUGUCGCUCUGGCUUUGAACUUCUUGUCGAGGGGUAUUCACCCUGGCCUGGACUUUUCAAAUCUUCCACAGAUCAGAGAAAGGUUUGAAAGACUCACUGGACUGACAAUCUCCCAGCGUGCACCGUACGCUGGUGAGUUUGCCCUACAAGCAUUCAGUGGCAGCCACCAGAAUAUCAUCCGUAAAGGGCUUGCAUGGCGGAACGAAGCUUUCGAGAGGGGGGAGCAGCCGAUUUGGGACAUCCCCUAUCUUCCUCUCGACCCGCUGGAUCUAGGUAUUCCGAUGGAUCAGGUCAUCCGCGUGAAUUCACAGAGCGGCAAGGCAGCCGCCACUUGGAUUCUCAGCCGACGAUGGGGGCUCGAUCUUCCUGUCGACCUUCAGAUUGAUUUCGGUCGCCGUGUACAAAUGAUGUGCGAAGCCCUGGCUCGGGAGAUCAGUCAUCAGGAGGUCAUCAACCUGUUCAUCGCCAGCUACGCACUUUCGUCAGAAAGACAUGGUACCGGCAAUAUCAGCGUUUCUAAUGACGGAACCCUCGAGAACGUUACUGGAACAGUCAAUCCAGCGGACGGCUUGACGAUACGGGUCAAUGGAUCCGGCAGCAGUAUCGCGUCCGCAGUCAUUAGGGGGCUUCAUUUCAUGAAGGAAAUGGACGUGGGUGCCGAAGUCUGUCAUACGCAACAGCUUACGUCCGAUUUUGAUCAAGGCAAAACUUGUGCAUUGGCGACAUGUACUGAAGGGGAGCAGACAGCUUGGGGAUACUCCAUCGACAGCAACCAACGUACAGCGCAGGCAAUGGCAGUUGUUGCGGCGGCUUUGCACCUCCAUCGCCGCAAGUUGUCAACUCUUCCGUUCAAGAAGCAUGGGGCUACGACUAGGAUGGAUGCAAAGGCGGCACCUCCGCAAACCAUUACCAAAGCAUAG